AUGUUCAAAUUCAUCGCGUUGCUCGCCGCCGCCUGCGCACUCGCCAGCUAUGCCAAUGCACUGCCCAUCGAGGCCGAGCGUGAGGUCGUCUCUAUACUAAGGUCGGAGAUCAACAAGAACGACGACGGCUCCUACAAGACAACCUACGAGGGCAGCGAUGGAACCAUGCGCCACGAGGAAGCUGUCGUGGUUGACGCCGGCACCGAUGAGCAGGCUCUCGAGGUGAAGGGCUCCUACAAGUACAUUAACGACGAAGGCCAGGAGGUCGAGGUAUUCUACACCGCGGGCAAAAACGGCUUCGUUCCCUAUGGUUCAAUAAUAAAUCCCGAAAUUACGGCCGUUGCCGAGGCAGCCAAGGAUCUGCCCAAGUACACAGACGACAAGGAGAAAGUGCAGUUGGGUGCAUAAGUUC